CGUGUGAAGAACAAGAAACGACGAAUCAUCGAAUCUCAAUCGUUAGAUUUGUAAUCACAUUUUCGGGCGGGCUGAUUGAAAGUUUGUCUGCAUAGUAUGAUGUAUGGCUACUUUUAUGAUACGAUCAGUAAAACAUUUGAGCAAUAAUAUAAUUUUGACCAUCGCUAAAGAAAAGAAAACUGAUAUGGAGCGACCAUCGAGGAAGACAAAGCUUGUAAAUUAUUCAGAUUUCAAGGACUUGGAUGAUGAUGAGGAUUUUGCCUCUGUAAAAGCACCACCCAGCAAAAAAGCCAAGGAUAAUGUGAAAGAAUCAGCGCAGGAGAAGAGCAAGAAACCUUCAAGCAAGGCCUCCAGUCAAGAGACUGGCUCACAGCCCAUAGGCCGCAAGGACAGGAAACCAUUGGAAGAGAAGCUGUAUGACAGAGAUUUGGAAGCAGCUCUUACUCUGUCGUUGCUUAAAACCACAGAGAUAAAUGAGGAACAAUGUUCUUAUAAUCCAGAAAAAUGUGUCAAGAAUCAACCGCAAAGAGAUGGUGAAAAUCUGGAUCCCUCAUUACGCCUUUCCAACUGCAGUGUGGACAUCAACCUUUUGGGCCUUGACCAGAUCACGAAUGAUCAGGGAUCCCCUUGCGCCCCCUCCAGACAGAGGAAGGCAGCCUCCAAGGCUACAGAGCAGCAAAGGAGCAUGCUGAAGGAUGACGAUGAGGACUACCAGCCCAAAGGGACACCAGAUUCAGAGAGCGAUGCUGAUUUCAGUGAUCCAGCCGAAAGUAGUGAUGAUGAUGAAUUCACUGUAAAGAAACCAGAGAAAAAGAAAACUACCACGAAAGAGAAGACAGCUAAGAAGGAGCAACCAAAAGCUAAACCGCAGGUGGCCUCAAAGGAAGAAAAGCAGCCUUCAAAACCAUCGAAAACCAAACCACAUUUGACAGGGACUCCCAGUCUAAAAACUCCCACCUUAGGUAGAAGUCCAACUGCCAAGCCUGACUACGUGCCCAAGAGGCCUCCUGCCACUUCUCCUGUCUCGAGACCUGCAGUCUCUGGCAGUCCAGCAGGGGGCAGAAUACCCAAGUGGAAUCCUCCAGGUCACGUUGGAAGAAGUCCCGGCUCAUCACAGAGUGCCCCAGUGAAGUCUCCAGGGCAGGGUCUAAGACUUGGACUGUCUCGCAUGGUGCGGGUCAAACCCCUACACCCCAGUGUUGCUAGUCACUGACCCCACCUAGCUAUCAGAGAGGGGCUCUGUGCCUCUCUGCGUAAUUGACAGUUGAUUUUCAGGAUCCCUUUUGUAAUCUAGAUCUGUCUAUUUUAAUAAGAGGCAUUCGAAUUGUACUGUUAUUUGUUAUUAUUCUGGUGUCAUACUCCUUUUAGAACAGCUCAUCUUUUGGACCAUUUGACUUAACAAUGGUCAGUUCCCAACUUUUACUGUUAUUAGGCCUACAGCAAAGCCUUCAGAUUUCAAA